GCCAGGGAUGGCAUUGAAUUGGCAUUUGCACUGUUCUUUUUUCUUUUGAGCUGAAAAUACAUGUGCUUUUGCUUUGUCUUUUACUGAGGAAGUACCUGAAGAACACGAGAGAAAUACAGACAGAGAGAGAGGGAGAAGGGAAUCUGCUGUUGAAAAGCUCACAUCUUUACCCCCACUGGCUUAGGAAGUUCUUUUCACACACACACACACACACAUAUAUAUAUAGAGAGAGAGAGAGAGAGAGAGAUCCUUCGUUUCAAGCAAACACUGAAGAAAUGAGUAAAAAUGAAGACUUCAAGCUCCUCAAGAUCCAGACUUGUGUCCUGAAAGUGAACAUUCACUGUGAUGGCUGUAAGCAGAAAGUGAAGAAACUGCUUCAGAGGAUUGAAGGUGUUUACCAAGUAAACAUAGAUGCAGAGCAACAGAAGGUCACAGUUUCAGGAAGUGUGGAUUCAGCAACUUUAAUCAAGAAACUGCUCAGAUCUGGCAAACAUGCGGAGAUUUGGAACCAGAAAAGCAACCAAAACCAAAACCAAAACCAAAAACAGAAGCAACCCAAUGGCUGCAUCAAGAAUGAAAACAAGAACAACAACAACAAAGGGGGACAGAAUCAAGGUCUGAAUCUGAUGAAGGGUCUCGAAGCCUUCAAAAACCAGCGAAAUUUCCCCUCUUUCGCCUGUGAAGACGACGGCGGUGAUUCUUUCGGCGACGAUGAUGAUGAAGAUGAUGAUUGUGAGGACGAAUUGAGGUUUCUGAGGGAAAAAGCUAACCAGGUUGGUUUGCUUAGGCAACAAGCCUUUGAUGCAGCAAAUAAGAAAGGAAAAAUGAACAACGAUGUGGGAAAUGGGAAUUUGAAUCCAAAUAUGGGAAUGAAGGGAAUUCCAGCAGCGAUGAUGGAUCCAAGAACAAUGGCAGCUCUGAAAAUGAACAAUGUUGGGGAGGGUAAAAGGGUAAAUGACAUCAAUACCAUGAUGGGUUUGGCUGGGUUUCAUGCAAAUGGGGGGAAUAAUGUUUCCUCUGUUUCAUCUGCUGCUUUAGGAGGGAAUUCAAAUCCCAAUGGAAUGGGAAUGGGAAUGGGGGGAUUUCAAGUCCAGUUUCCAAGCAGUGGGUUCCCAACUGCGGGCUUAGCUACUGGGCAUCACCCAUCAUCAAUGAUGAUGAACAUGGGUAACAGUAAUGGGUAUAAUCAACAGUACAGCAAUACCCCUGCAUCAAUCAUGAUGAACAUGCACAACAGGCAACCACAGCCCCAGAUGAUGUAUCAAAGGUCCCCUUACAUCCCUCCGUCAACUGGGUAUUACUAUAACUACAACUAUGCCCCAGCUCCCUACAAUUACAGUGAGCCUGACUAUAGUGAUGGUCAAUCUGCUACUCAUGUGUUUGAUGAUGAGAACACAAGUAGCUGUUCAAUCAUGUAACUUGAGAGAGAGAGAGAGAGAGAGAGAGAGAGAGAGAGAGAGAUAGAUUCUCAGUUAGUGGAGUGUGUGUUGGGUUUUGACAGUAUUGCUGUGUAUGGGUUGGUAGGUAGGGGAUGUCUUUCUGAGAACUUUAUCAGUAAUUGUGAAGUUUGUUAGGAUUAUGUAACUACUUUUAUUUACCACUCCAUUUGUGUCUUUUUGUUUCAA